AUGCGAGCGCGACAUAUUUUCAACCCGAUCUCCCCGGUUUUCCGGCGGUUUCAGGGAUUAUGCGCAGUUGUCGUCUACCUGGUUGCCCUGAUUGGGCUUCCUGUUCCCCAAUCGACUCAUGCGGCCAGCGAGGGUGCGUACCCUUGCCAACAUGGCCGCUGCGGAUGUGCUACGGCCGAACAAUGCUGGCGUAGUUGCUGCUGCCACACGCUCGAACAACGCGUAGUGUGGGCCCGGGAGCAUGGUGUCACUCCGCCGGACUUCGUUCUGAAGCAACUCGCUGAAAAAGAGGCCAUCGCAGAUGAAUCCCAUCACGGAAACUGCUGCGAAAGCUCUUCCGAUGCCCCUGCGGCCAGCGAAUUGUGUCACUCCACCGACUCUGCUCUUGCUACGGCGGCCGCUAAAGCCCACCAAGAAUCCUGCUGCAGCGAUACGGAAAACGGUUCUUCGUCCGAGCAGCCUGCCGCUCCCGCAACCCCGUGGGUUUCAUUGAUCGAUGCGGCGAAAUGCCAGGGGCUUCAAUCGUUUUGGCUCGCACUGGGGGCGGUGAUUACGCCGCCAGCCACGGUCGACUACGUUCGCGAACUCGCUCCUGCCGGCUUCGUUCCGCCGGCCCUGCAAAUGCGAUACGAAGUGCCGGCGAUUGCUCGUCGUGACCCCAUCGUGUUCUGGUUCACGGUUUGCGAUUCCCAGUACGCCAAUAGGUCCGAGGACGACAGAAUGGCAACCCGAGCUGCAUUUUCGCUGGUUGAAUUGCUGGUUGUCGUUGCAAUCAUCGGCAUUCUCGUGGGCAUAACGGUUCCGGCUGUGAUCUACGCACGAGAGGCCGCCAGGGCAACGCAAUGUGCAAACAACUUGCAUCAGAUCGGUCUCGGAAUCGAGCAGUUCACAAUGAACAACCAAGGCUCUUUCCCACGGACUCACCAUGAGGGCGAGAAAGAAUCUUGGGUCUACACGCUCGCGCCCUACACCGAGGAUGUCGAUUCGCUACGGAUUUGCCCAGAUGACCUCGAAGGUGAUAAGCGUCUGGAGAACAAGGGUACCAGUUAUGUACUCAACUCGUACAUUUCUCUACCUGGCCCCGACUCUCGCCUGAAAAUCAACUUCCUUAAGGCGACAUCGCAGACGAUUACCGUGUUCGAAGGGUCGGACUUGAGAGAUCCUACAUCCUUCUAUUUCGAACACUGCCAUCCGGGUAACUGGUUCACACCGCACCGAAUUGAACAGAAGCAAGUCUGGCUGUGGCUCAUUCAGGAGAUCCAACCCGAUCGCCAUUGGAGCAGCCACAAGAUUGACUAUUCCGCGGGUGUUUCGCACUACCUGUUUGCUGACGGACACGUCGAGACCAUCGACGCGACGCGUAUCAAAGGAUUCGCUGACGCAGGCAAGAACUUUGCGCAACCUGACAGCCCACACUUCUACGAGUAA